AACAUAAAUCCAAAUCUUUCCACUAUUGGUAAUAUUUCACAAAAUCUAUGAAAGUUGUGUUGUUAUUGACAAAUUUCCACUAGUAGUAUUACUUUAUCACAGAAGAAUAGAAGUGAAGGGAUUGUCAAAGAAGAUGAUACCAUUGAAGAACACUGCCACCCGUUCAUCCUGCAGCAUCCCAUCUCUCUUCAUCUCCCUUUCUAUACUCUGCAUUCUACCAGUCUCUCUUUUCUUCUUCCGUUCUUCUCCAACCCCACUUUCCCUAAACCCACAAAUCAACCUUCAAACAUCUCCCAAUUUCAUCAAAGUUUACGUACCAAAUCUUCCAAGAUCUCUAAACUAUGGCUUACUGGAAAAUUACUGGGAUUUAGAUUCAGAUUCAAGAAUUGGGAGUGAAGUAGACAAUCAAAUAAGAAAGACCCAUAUAGGAAAAAGUUCCAAGAAUUCCCUUCCUUAUCCAGAAAACCCAAUAAUCAAACAGUACAGUGCUGAGUAUUGGAUCUUGGGGGAUUUGAUGACACCUGAAAAAUUAAAACUUGGAUCUUUUGCGAAAAGGGUGUUUACUGCUGAGGAAGCUGAUGUGAUUUUUGUUCCUUUUUUUGCGACAUUGAGUGCUGAGAUGCAACUGAUUGUGAAUAAGGGUGUGUUCAGGAAGAAAGAGGGAAAUGAGGACUAUCAGAGACAAAGAAUGGUUGUGGAUUAUUUGAAGCAAACUGAGGCUUGGAAACGCUCUGGUGGUCGUGACCAUGUGUUUGUUAUUACUGACCCUGUUGCAAUGUGGCAUGUGAAGGCUGAGGUUGCUCCAGCAAUUCUCCUGGUGGUUGAUUUUGGUGGGUGGUACAAGCUUGACUCAAAAGCAUCUAAUGAGAGCUCAUCUGACAUGAUACACCACACUCAAGUUUCAUUGCUGAAGGAUGUCAUUGUGCCCUAUACCCAUCUACUUCCUCGUUUGCCCUUAUCUGAAAACCAAAAACGAGAAAUCCUUCUUUACUUCAAAGGGGCUAAACAUAGGCAUCGGGGAGGCAUUGUUCGGGAAAAGCUUUGGGACUUGCUAAUAAAUGAACCCAGAGUAGUGAUGGAGGAAGGCUUUCCAAAUGCCACUGGAAAGGAGCAGUCUAUAAAGGGAAUGAGGACUUCAGAGUUCUGCUUGCAUCCUGCAGGGGACACACCAACCUCAUGCCGACUUUUUGAUGCCAUUCAAAGUCUUUGUAUUCCUGUCAUUGUUAGUGACAACAUCGAGCUCCCAUUUGAAGGGAUGGUGGAUUAUUCAAAAUUUGCAGUGUUUGUGUCAGUUAGUGAUGCACUGCAACCAAGUUGGCUCGUGAACCAUCUUAGAAGCUACUCCUAUGAGCAAAAAGAUAGGUUUCGGCAUAAUAUGGCUGUAGUACAGCCCAUUUUUGAGUAUGAAAAUGGUCAAUCAGGUGGUAUUGGUCCUAUAUCUCCAAAUGGUGCUAUAAAUUACAUAUGGAGAAAGGUUCACCAAAAACUGCCCAUGAUUAAAGAAGCUAUCAUCCGUGAGAAGAGGAAACCUCCCGGUGUCUCAGUUCCCCUUCGUUGCCAUUGUACUUGAGUUUUUAGAGUCUUUUUUCCUUUGUCUUGCUUCAAAAGGUAAUAUAUCAUAUCAUACAUGCUUCAUACUACAGGAAGGAACUAGUCUAAAUCACAGUACACUGAGAAAUCAUAGUUUUUCAUCAAGGCUUUGUUUAGUUUGAGCAAUGUGCCUUUCAGAGGAAAGAGGUUGUGGUCCAAAAUUUUAGUGCAAGUAAUUGAGUCUCUUUGUAAACACAAAUUUUUAAGAGAUUUUGAUAAGGUGUGUUAUUCAGUUGUACUUGCCUAUAAUCCUGUUUAUUUGGUAUGUAAGAAAACUCUCCCUCUUUAUUAGAGGA